UCCAGUAACGAAGAGAGCUCGCGUGUCUCCGUCGCCGCACGGCGCGCUCAGUUAGCACGAGACUCGCGAUCGAGCAGCACAGAGAGAGAGCUAGCCGGUGCUGCGUGCCACGACGACGACGACGACGACGACGACGAAGACCGGCUCUCUUGUCCUCCCUGUCGCUCUCUCGUACGUCCGCUCGCGAACGCUCGCGAGCGCUCGCGACUCGCUGUCGUCGACAUACGUGCGUCGGAUCGACGUCGAUUGACGUCGCAUCGCGGGACAACCUGCGGGGCCCAACCAAGGGAGCCGUGUGCGCGCGUGUACAAGCAACUCAGCCCCUGUCGUCGUCCGCGUUAUUACGACAUUCGCGAGAUUGCCGCCGCAUCACUGAGUGGCAACUGAUCGCGCGACUUGGACACUCGCGCGGAGCGCGCUCGGCCUCCUCCCUUCAACGUGGGAUCGUUUCCUCGCAGAUUGCAGCGCGAAGGUCGGCAAUAGUGACCGCCGAAGCUCAUCGUACGCGCGCGCGUGCCGGAGGACAGUUGGACGAUCAAAUCGCGGUUGGACUCGCAAACGCCAACCGCUGAGACACAGAGUGUCGAGGUACAACACAGCCGAGUCUCGGUUCGCCACGUCGCCGGGUCAAGUCGCGUCGCGAAGUCACCCAGCGACGAGUUGGCGAGUUAUCGCGAGAAAGAGGAGAGAGUUCGGCGACCGCGCGAGGAGCGCGAGGACGAAAUCGAAAGGACCCCGUGGCCGCGGAGAAAGGCGAUCAGAGAAUCGCGCUCACCCCCGGAUUCUUCCGGAGUUCUCUCGCGGAAGGGAGAGACAAGAGCAUCGGCGGAAGAGGAAAAGCGAGAGUCCGCGAGUGAUCUCGAUGGACAAGCUGUGGUGCGCGCAUUGAGAGCGAACGGGGUCCGCUUUCUCCCGUCGGACGACGGCUGCGUUUCCGAUAUUUGCGCACUUUGCGCAGGAAGCCCGAGUGCUGCGUAGAAGCGCCUCGAAUUAUCCGGACGGGCGACCAGAGCCACGCUGGCAACCGACAUCCUGCCACUCGGCGCGAGAUCUCUCUCGCACGGAGGAACCCGCCGCCGAAGAGUUGUGAAAGGAGCGAAGGAUCUAGGUGAGACUUUCUCCCGACGCGGUGACAAAGACACGUAAGACGCUCCCGGUCUUGCGAGAGAAACCUGCCGGCCGAAAUCCGCCACGCCGCGGUGAGAAUCUCGGCCGGGGGAGGAAGAACCGAGUCGCGCGGCCGCAGGAGCGUGUUACGCGCGAGAUAUUACGUCGUCCGUCGUCGGAAUCGGCUUACGAGAGCAACGAGAGGCGAGACGCCUGAUUCUCGUCUGAGAAGAGCGAAAAUACCAUCUCGAAGCGGAGCGCGACAUCCGCGACAACCGCCGCGAGCGAAACAUCCUCGGACUCGCCACACGCGAACAACUCUCGUCGUUUCUCUCGCAGGAGACCAAUUCCACCGCCGCGCACACCUGCGAGAGACCUGCGGUGUCGGUUGUCGCUCAAGGCGACAAGAACCGCGUACCGCGCAUCCUAGAAUCAACAUCACCGUACGCGGCUCGCGGCGAAGCCUCAGCGCGACGACACGCUCCACUUGCCGGUCGAGCUAAGGUCGAGAGCGCUCCGGCGAGAGGAGGGUGGGGAAGUGUCCUCGUCGGAACGGUCGCACGGCAAAUCCGGCAGGAUAGCUCCGCACGUGGACGCCGCGAUGUACGUGACGGAGACGGACGGCGGCCACAAGGUGGCGCCGGCGCCCUCCGCGCGCGUCAAGAGGAUGAUGGACUACAAGUCGGCGAAUCAUCAUCAUCAUCAUCACCAUCAGCAUCACGAGGGCGGUGAUCGUGGCGGCGGCGGCGGCGGAGGCGGAGGCGGAGGAACGCACAUCGCCGCGACGGUGAAGAACACGGUGCGCCGAUUGUUGCGGCGCACCAAGAGCCACCGAGAUACACCGUCGAGCAACAGCGGCUCGACCAACGCCUCGACGAUGACCGCCGCUGUCAACGGCCACGUUGUCGCGCCCGCCUGCGUGCUCACGGCGAGGAGCAAGAACUGCAACGACGCGAGGAGGCCGCAGCCGUCCUUGCCGCCGCCUUCGGACGUCUACUUCAGACGCUACUCCAGGGCGCGCGUGAGACUCCAGACGGGGGAUGGCGUAGGGGUGUCGAGUAGCGGGAGUCGGCUCUCGUCGAGGAGCCGGACCUCCGAGGAGCCUCACAUCGGCAAGUACAAAUUACUGAAGACCAUCGGCAAAGGGAACUUUGCCAAGGUGAAGCUUGCUAAACAUGUGCCCACGGGAAAGGAGGUAGCCAUCAAGAUCAUCGAUAAGACUCAACUGAAUCCUGGUAGCCUUCAAAAGCUGUUCCGUGAAGUCAGGAUAAUGAAGAUGCUCGACCAUCCGAACAUAGUCAAAUUGUUCCAAGUAAUCGAGACUGAAAAGACACUGUACCUGGUAAUGGAGUACGCCAGCGGUGGGGAGGUCUUCGACUACCUGGUCUUGCAUGGACGAAUGAAGGAGAAGGAGGCGAGGGCGAAGUUCAGGCAGAUCGUUUCUGCUGUGCAAUACUGCCAUCAAAAGAAGAUCAUCCACAGGGACUUAAAAGCGGAGAACUUGUUGCUCGACAGCGAAAUGAAUAUCAAGAUUGCAGAUUUUGGUUUUAGCAAUGAAUUCACGCCUGGCAACAAGUUAGACACCUUCUGCGGCUCGCCACCUUACGCGGCGCCGGAACUCUUUCAAGGAAAGAAGUAUGACGGUCCUGAAGUGGAUGUAUGGUCGUUGGGUGUAAUCCUCUACACCUUGGUAUCCGGCUCACUGCCUUUCGAUGGUUCGACGUUGAGGGAAUUGAGGGAAAGAGUAUUAAGAGGAAAAUAUAGGAUCCCGUUUUAUAUGUCCACCGACUGUGAAAAUCUUCUCAAGAAAUUCUUGGUGCUCAACCCGACAAAGAGAGCCUCACUAGAGAACAUAAUGAAAGACAAAUGGAUGAAUAUGGGAUAUGAGGAUGACGAAUUAAAGCCGUACUUAGAACCUGAACCUGAUUAUAGAGAUCACAAGAGGAUAGGUGAGUCUGCCAAGGCCCUAGCCAGUCUAGGAUACACUCGGAGCGAAAUAGAAGACUCCCUAGGACAAGCCAAGUAUGACGAUGUAUUCGCCACGUAUUUACUCCUAGGCAGGAAAACGACAGACCCCGAAAGCGAUGGGUCACGGUCGGGUAGCUCGCUGUCGCUGCGUAACAUUCCGCCUCAAGUCGGCUCGGGUGGUGGAGGAGGUAGCAGUGGAGGGACAGGCGGUGCGGUACAAAGUCCAUCGCAUAGAGGUGUUCACAGAAGUAUUUCUGCUAGCAAUCCAAAACCCAGUAGACGGGCAUCGUCUGGUGGUGAGACUCUUCGGGGCGCACCCAGUCCGGGUAAUGCAACAAAUCACAAUCACGCGACCGCGGUAACUGGCGGCGCUGUAACUGGAAGCGGCGGUAGCAAUUUUAAACGGCAAAACACCGUGGAUGCGGCCACAAUUAAGGAGAAUAGCGCUCGUGUCUCAGCCAGCCGACCUUCCGCACCGAAAAACAGUCCCGGGCAAUUAGAUACUAUGACGAUGUUCAUUCUAGGCGUGGGUACAAGUCCUGGUGGUAAAGCAAGGGUAGGCAAGAGCAACACUAUGAACGCAGGGGUAGGUGGUGGUCGGCCUCUCACCUCACCUGCUCCUGGUUCUGUUGGUCGACGUAGUACCAUCUCCUAUGAUCAAGCGAAAACGUCAUCUUCAUCCACUGAAAGAACCAACGAAGUACCCAGCCUGGGCGAGGGCACUAGACCAACACGGGGUCACACGAAGUCUGCGAGCAUCAGCGCAGGUCACCGUUCCUCAAGUGGCGUACCCCCCAGCGACCAUUCACUACUGGACCCACAACCACGCAACAACUCCUUACUCGCCACUGCUGACCCCCUUAGGCAGAGCUUGGGUGUAUCCGCAAGCAAUAGACUGCCUACAGCCACUACACCAGCAUUUCCACGGAAUGUUCCGAGUCGCAGUACGUUCCAUUCUGGCCAAAACCGAGCACAGCGAAAUCACACUCAGGGUCAUACGCAAACGCAGGACACGAAUGCAAUUAGCCCUCUAGCGAGGCCGUCCUUCUUCUCGAAAUUAUCUUCGAAGUUCUCCAAACGCCCCAUGGACCCAUCCGUACCCCCCAAGCACCCAGUAGUGAGCGGAGCUACCACUAACGACGAACAGGUUAAACCACGCAGUCUACGCUUCACAUGGAGUAUGAAGACUACCAGUAGUCGAGACCCUAACGAAAUUAUGUCAGAGAUCCGAAAGGUCCUGGAUGCCAAUAAAUGCCAGUAUGAACAACGCGAGCGAUUCCUCUUGCUAUGUGCGCACGGCGAAGCGGCGACAGACAGCCAAGUACAAUGGGAGAUCGAGGUAUGCAAGCUGCCGCGGCUUUCCUUGAACGGAGUGCGGUUCAAGCGUAUUUCCGGCACGUCGAUUGGUUUCAAAAAUAUCGCCAGCAAGAUCGCGAACGAGCUCAAGCUGUGACUGUCGGCCACAGGCGCCUUAGCCGCCCGCGCCAAUCCAUAACGACCUCGUGAGCGCAGCCACCAAGUGGCAGUCACCGAGGAAUUUUACUCUUGUUUCUUCUGGGAUUCGGACUCCGAAUCUGACACCCAAGAGAUAUUCGUUUAACGAUUCCUCCGUCCCAGUCGACGAGCGUCGUCGUCAGGUGAGAAUGAGAGAGGGAAGUAGGGGGAUAGAGAGAGAGAGAGAGAGGGAGAGAGAGAGAGAGAGAGAGAGAGAGGGAGAGGGAGAACGCGUCUUCAUUAUCUCCUCUGCGUUGGAGGUACUACUGUAACGACUCUUUAAGAAAAGUCCGAAACUGUGAUCCGUGAUGGCUAAAUACGUAUUCAAAUACUCCCGAGUGCCAAAAUGGAGAACUAGAUCGGGUCCUCGUAACGCCUCCAGAGAGAGAGAGAAAGAGAGAGGGAGGAGGGAGGAGAGAGAGAGAGAGGGAGAGAGAACGCAAGAGUGCAAAAGAAUAUUGAAGUGUGUGUGCGUGUGUGUGAGCGAGAGAACGAGAGAAAGAGAGAGACGGACCAGCUGACCCAUUGACCGUACGAAGAAGUUGGGUUUGGACAUAAUAAUUUACGUUUAUUAGUUUCAAGUUUUCAUUGUUGAUAAGUCGAGAAACGUACAUCCCUGAGCGAAAGUAAAAUCACUAAAUCGUUGACCCGCCCUCCCGAUAUUCGAACAGUCUAAAUCUCCAAUCGCCAACUAUUACUGUUACUACUACAACAUACUACUACUAACACCAUCAUCACCAUUACCAUCAUCACCAUCACCAUCACCAUCACCACCGUCAUCACCGUACCACCACCACCACCGCCGCCAUUAUCACUAUCAUUACUACUACUAUUACUUCCACCACCACCACCACUACCAUCACCAUCAUCAUUACCAUCACCAUCGCUACCACUACUGCUACUGCUACUACUACUACUACUACUAUUACUAUUACUACUAUUAUUAUUACUACCGUUGCUACUACUACUACACUACUAUUAUUACUGUACUAACACCAUUAUUACUAUUACUACUAUCCGCUUCGUUCUCCGAACAGUAUUAUCUGUCUUAUGUAUUCUUGACGUUGAAGCUGUCUGCAUUCGAAUCAGUAUGUCUUCGGGAGGCAUUCGUACACGUUCUUAACGCACGCGCACGUUGUGCUGCUCUGUCAUAAAAUGCUGCUCACGGAGGAAUGAAAUUCAAAUUGGAAGUGUCAAAUGUGCCUAAUGAAGCAUCACUUACGUCGUUCACCUUUCUCACGAGAAAAGUGUUCCUUAUAUAAUAAACUAAAGCGACUAUUUUACCAUCUUGCGGGAGGUAGAGGAAUGUGACAGUACAUCUACAACGUCAAGAGUUUACUCUGUAACUACCCGUUUCUUCUGGUCUUACGUUUUAUAUGUACAACUUUACAACACAGGCAGGUUUGGUCUCUGAAACAGACGUAUUUCGUAAAAUCCGUCGAGAAAAAAAGACAGAGAGAGAGAGAGAGAGAGAGAGAGAGAAAAGGAGAGAUAGAGUGAGCGAAUAAAAGUGAGAGUGAGAGAGAAAGGGGGAUACGUAGCGUUCGGUCGAUUAAGCAUCUACCUUCAUUCAUCGACAUAUUAGCUAAAAGUAAUGAAUUGAAUUAUUUUAAUGUUGCACGAACGUGCAGCCGCUUACUUUUUUCGAACAUUUUUACAAUACUUUACUUUUCUUUUUUAUCUGUAGUAUAAGUUUGAAAAUACACAUGCACUAUAGACAUUAGCUAAUUAACUAAAACAUAAUAAUUAUUGUUAAUAUAAUAUUUUUAUUUCUAUCAUAGACGAGAGACAAGUAAUAUAGUACGCGCGAUGCUAUAUGAAGGUAGAAACAGGAGUUAUUAAUAUAAUUUAGGGAUACCAUCGAACUAUUACUCGCGUUUCAUGUGAAUAAUAUACACAAGUACUUCAUUCAUGCAGAGAGUUGGAAUUCUAAUCUAAAUUACAUUCAGUAAUAACGAGAUCUGUUGUUUCUAUACAAAGGAUGAACGAUAACGUUAAAUUUAAGUAUUGUAAUUGGCUAUACUGUACUACUUAAUCCUUUCAUUCGCAGAGGUAUUCGCAGUUUCGAAUGACGUAAAAUUAGGGAUUUUGCUGUAAACACGUAGAGGCGAACUAGAGAGACUUGGUGUGUAUAUAAAUAUAUAUUACGAAGGUACUAAAUUAAUAAAGCGAGAGAUAGGGGAGAGCAGAAGAGAAAGCCUCACACACCGAGAUCAUAAAUACACUUCGGAACUCAAGUAUCAACAAACUUUUUAUAUUUGCCUAAGAUUAAUGAAGUAUGUUACUAAAUAGGCAAUGACUAAUUUAUUUACAUACUAUAAACUCAAUGAUUUUUCACAUUUCUAACACUUGCUACACUGAACUACAGAGUAACUUCAGCGCACGACACCAUGUACGAGCCGCGUACAUCGUGUUGCAAAUCGUGAAACGACUGAUAGCAACUAAGUAUCAGCGCCAAUUGUCUGUACCGAACAUCUUGACGAAAAAAAAAAAAAAUGAUUCUAAGUGCUAAUGACUAACGCGCAGAGCACUGGCAUCGGGACUUAUCUUCUUUACGUAUAUCACCAUGCAGUUUCGUGUCGUCGGAUUACUCCAUGAACCAAUAAGCAAGAUAAUGUAAUAUAAUGAUAGAGUAAUAAUGUUAUUGAUUUACAAGAUAAGUGUCGAGAGUUAAAAUGCAACAUUAUUCACACCCCUCGAAUACGAGAAACCCAAUCAUCACUGUAGAAAAUUAGACCGGAGAGAAUAUUACGAUCGAGAGUUUCUUUUUUCCAUUUGUUCCUGCAUCAGAUCAGAGUUAGUGUACCGAGUACAAUAUCGAACGUCGAUAUAUCGCUAUCGUGUAAAGAAAAAAAGAGACGGAAUAAGAAGGAAGAGACGGAAGAGCAAAAAGGUAAAAAGAAGCAGCAGAUUGUAAUUUGGAAAUGAUCGUUGUAACAAAAUGACGCUAGAGUUAUACACCAUAAUAGCGACUAUUAUUAAUGUUAACGUAAGGCCCCCGAAAUAGCGUUAAAUAAUGGUAUAUCCCCGGCGUAUAGGCGAAAUAAUUAUAUACCGUAAUCUAUACAUAAACCCACCCCUACGCUCGCUUGCUUUAUGAAAUAAAUGUAUAAAUUAAUGAUCGCGAGAGAUGCUUAAACGGGAGGAGACAUAAAAAUUUUAAAGAGAUAUUCGUGAUUUUAAUGUCGGAGGAGGACUUAUCAAGACAAUUACAGAAGAGAGAAAGAGAAAAAGAGAAAGCCGCAGCCGCACGGGCGACAUUGUAGAUCCAGCUCGACGUGGACGUCGGUCGUGGAGCUUUUGUGAUUUUUUUGUAUGUAAAUGCUGUGAAACACACAUUUCUCUCGCGUGUGUCGCCCGUACAGCUGUGCACUACUCAACACGCACAUACAUGUACUCACAUACACAUAUACAUACAUACACAUCACAUACGAGAUACAAAAAUACUUAACAACAGUGAACAAGAAAAUAUACACACGCAUACAUGUCAGUCUCUGUAGAUAGAUACAUACAUACAGCUUUGCUAAGUGUUCUCUGGUGAUCGGUAUCUAGCCAAAAUGUAGCAAAACGUUUAUAAUAAAAUGGUAACACGCA